UCCAUCUCUUGCACAAAGAAAAAAUAAUUGGGUUAAGUUAAAUUGUUAGAGAGAGAGAUGGGAGAUGAUGAGCAGAACAACUCAGGUGGGAGGUUUGGUGUGAUGAUGAAGAAGCUGAAACCUUAUUUGCUGGUGGUGAGCUUGCAAUUUGGGAGUGCAGGGAUGUACAUAAUCAGCAUGGCCACUCUCAAUCAUGGCAUGAAUAGAUAUGUUCUCAUCGUCUAUCGCAAUGCUACUGCAGCACUUGUCCUCGCUCCUUUUGCCUUGGUUCUUGAAAGGAAAACGAGGCCGAAAAUGACAAUUUCUACCUUUUUGCACAUUAUGGUGCUGGGAUUUCUAGAGCCAGUCAUUGAUCAGGGAUUUACGUACUUGGGGAUGAAAUACACAUCGGCCUCAUUUGCAUCUGCCAUCAUGAAUGCCGUUCCGUCUGUCACCUUUGUAAUCGCAGUUAUUUUUAGGGUCGAAACUGUAAAAAUCAAAGAGGUGCGAAGUCAAGCCAAGGUGAUAGGAACCCUAGUAACCUUUGCUGGUGCUUUGCUGAUGACACUGUACAAAGGCCCUGUCAUUGACCUCCUGUGGUCGCACAAAACCAGCAGCCACCAUGAAAGUAGCAGCACCACUAUAAACUCCAACCAACACUGGAUAGCCGGGACACUCUUUAUCCUCCUGGGUAGUGUUGCCUGGUCCUGUUUCUACGUAUUGCAAUCUAUAACAGUGAAGAAAUACCCAGCAAACAUCUCACUUUCCUGCUUUAUAUGCUUGGCGGGAGCGUUGCAAGGCUCAGCUGUAGCAUUUACUGUAGAGCGUCGCCCUAGUGCAUGGGCGGUUGGAUGGGAUUCAAGGCUCCUUGCACCUCUCUACACGCCUUUUCAAUGGUUUAGGGUACUAAUUAGCUCUGGGAUUACAUAUUACGUGCAAGGCUUGGUUAUGAAGACUAGAGGCCCGGUUUUUGUAACGGCUUUUAACCCUCUCUGCAUGAUUAUCGUGUCCAUUCUGGGUUCCAUUAUUCUAGCUGAGAAACUUCACCUUGGCAGUAUCAUUGGAGGCAUGGUCAUCGCAUUUGGCCUUUAUUCUGUGGUGUGGGGUAAAAGCAAGGAUUAUGGCACUAACCCAGCUGUGCAAUCCAAUACUACUGUGAAGGAUGAAGCUCAGGAGUUACCAAUUACUAAUGCAAACGCUAUCAGUGGUGGAAAAUUGGUGAUUGAUAAAAAUAGCAUCGACCAGCCAUCCCAAAUGCAAUUAAAGACUGUCCAAAUAUAAUGCUGAUCAAGAACUUUUUAUUUAUCGUUUGAAUUUUAUCGGAUGCUCUUGAAGGAACAAGUACUUUAUAUGUAUAAAGAGUCUGAUAAUGCCUCUGUAUUAUAUUCCCUUUUGAUUGUAAUUAUGUAGUAAGUCACUUUUCUCUAGCUCUUAGCUAUAGCUUUAUGUAGUAGUAUGAAUUGACACAAAGAACGGUGUCAACAAGCCACAAUAAGAAUAUAUACCAUGGGUCUAUUCGUCC